ACUAGUGCUAGUUGAUGAGAGUUACUUUGGAAACAAAAAAUUAAAGUCAAAUUUCUAUGGGGUAUUAUCUCAAUUCUAAUAAAAUGCAAUCGGGUAAAGUAUGACUUGGCGAUCAGAACAUAUAUGGAUAGAACUUAUAACGGGGUCUCAAAAAAUAAGUAAUUUCUGCUGGGCCUUUAUCCUUUUUUUAGGUUCAUUAGGCUUCUCAUUAGUUGGAACUUCCAGUUAUCUGGGUAGAAAUUUGAUAUCUUUUUUUUCGCCUCAGCAAAUCAUUUUUUUUCCACAAGGAAUCGUGAUGUCUUUCUACGGAAUUGCGGGUCUCUUUAUUAGCUCUUAUUUGUGGUGCACAAUUUCCUGGAAUGUUGGUAGUGUUUAUGAUCGAUUCGAUAUAAAGGAAGGAAUAGUCUGUAUUUUUUGUUGGGGAUUUCCGGGAAAAAAUCAUCGCACAUUCCUCCGAUUCCUUAUAAAAGAUAUUCAGUCCGUUAGAAUAGAAGUUAAAGAGGGUAUUUAUGCUCGUCGUGUUCUUUAUAUGGACAUCCGAGGCCAGGGGUCCAUUCCCUUAACUCGUACUAAUGAGAAUUUGACUCCACGAGAAAUUGAACAAAAGACUGCUGAAUUAGCCUAUUUCUUGCGUGUACCAAUUGAAGUAUUUUGAGAAAUUGAGAAUCAG